GGAAGAGGCUGAUGACUCUGAGCAUUUCACCUGCCAGGUUGAUGGCCAGUUUGAUUUAACCUUGUCAAGCCAGAGACUUGAUGGUGAAGGUAAUUCAAAUUCUUUGUCAACUGCUUACAAGCCUGUUUCCCUGCCUCUGACCUCUCCAAAUGUAAAGCUGAAUCUGACCAGUCCAAAAAGAGGCCAGAAAAGAGAAGAAGGCUGGAAAGAAGUAGUUAGAAGGCAAGUAGGCAGAGUUUUGAAAGACCCUCCCCCUAGCAACACUCUGCAGCCAACACCAAUUGAGCAAUUUCAGCUGCAGAGAGGAGGGCGCUGCUGUUCAGGAGCAAAAAGGUCAAAGAAGUUAUCUGUCCCAGCUUCUGUCGUGUCUAGAAUAAUGGGAAGAGGUGGCUGCAACAUCACAGCAAUUCAAGAUGUCACUGGUGCCCAUAUUGAUGUUGAUAAACAAAAAGAUAAGAAUGGAGAAAGAAUGAUCACUAUAAGGGGUGGUAUGGAGUCAACACGAUACGCAGUGCAACUCAUCAAUGCCCUUAUUCAAGAUCCUGCCAAGGAACUGGAAGACUUGAUUCCUAAAACUCAUAUAAGAACACCUGCCUCGAGUAACAAAUCAAUCCAUGCAAACUUCUCAUCUGGAGUUAGUACAGCAUCUGCUUCAAACAAAAACUCCUUUCCUCUCGGAGCACCACCUCUUGUCACAUCGCAGUCAUCGACUCUGUCUACUUUCCAGCCUACUAACAAACUAAACAAGAAUGUCCCAGCAAAUGUGCGUUCAUCUUUUCCAGUGUCUCUUCCUCUAGCUUAUUCUCAUCCUCAUUUUGCCUUGCUGGCUGCCCAAACUAUGCAACAGAUCCGGCACCCUCGCUUACCUAUGGCCCAAUUUGGAGGAACCUUUUCACCUUCACCAAACACUUGGGGACCAUUCCCAGUGAGACCAGUUAACCCUGGCAGCACAAAUAGCUCUCCAAAACAUAAUAGUUCAAGUCGUGUAGGUAGUCAGAAUGGAAAUAUUUUACAGACAGAGUCUCCCGGAUUAGCUACUUCUAGUUGUCCCAUUACUGUCUCUUCAGUAGUUGCUUCCACCCAGCCAUUAUGUGCAACAAGUAAUCGGACUCCCUCUUCAGUCAGAAAGCAGUUGUUUGCCUGUGUUCCGAAGACAAGUGCUGCAGCAACAGCAAUCUCAACUGUGACAAAUACAUGUAGCACUCUGCCUUCAGUUUCCUCUGCGCCUCCAAACAAUGGGCAAGUUUCUGCAGCAUUUCUGCCCUCUACUGCUCCACAAAUGCAGCAUUCUGCACUUAAAGCAGAUUCUUUCUCAGCUGUCUCAGCACCCAAAGAGCAAGUGUCAACACCAGACCAGCCUGUUGGAAAUACAUGCACACCAUCUUCUGUUGCAGGUAGUUCCAGUAUGUCAACUAGCAGCAAUUCAGGAGUCCCUGAAGCUCACCCAUCUAGCAGCCCUGCACCUCUAACGAACACCCAAGAUGAAAUACUAACAGCCAGCAUGUCAGAAAUGAGCCCUUCUAUGCCUAUUUCUUCCAGCUCAGAAACCGCUCCUUUAAGCUUAGCGUCACCCAGAUCGGUUGUUGCAGAUAAUCAGGACAACAGUAACUUACCUCAAGUAGCUGUACCAGCACCUCGAGUUACUCACAGGAUGCAGUCCAGAGGUUCUUUCUAUUCAGUGGUACCAAAUGCAAACCUUCAUCAAGAUCCUCAGUCUAUUUUUGUUACAAAUCAAGUUCCCUUAACACCUUCUCAAGGUCCACCUGCUGCAGUGCAGCUUUCGUCAGCCAUGAACGUUAUGAACGGUUCUCAGAUGCACAUUAACCCAGCAAAUAAGUCAUUGCCUCCUACUUUUGGGCCAGCAACUCUCUUCAAUCACUUCAGUAGUCUUUUUGAUAGCAACCAGGUGCCCUCUAACCAAGGAUGGGGAGACUGUCCGCUUUCCACCCGAGCAGCAGCUGACCCAUCUUUCACUGUUCAGUCUACCUUUCUGAAUAACUCCGUGCUAGGACAUGUGGAGAACGUGCAUCCUGAUAACUCCAAGGCUCCUGGUUUCAGACCACCUUCACAGCGAGUUUCUACAAGUCCUGUAGGUGAAUCUCCUAUUCCAUCAGUUUCCUCAGGAUCAUCUUCACCCCUUUCAGCUGCUUCUGCACCUUCUAACUUGAGCCAGCCAAAAACGGGUAACACGAAUCAAGAUCGAAAGGUACCCCCCCCCAUUGGGACAGAAAGACUUGCUAGAAUUCGACAGGGAGGAUCUGUCACUCCUACACCCUUAGGAACCAACUUUACAGCUCCGGUUGGUCACAGUGGUAUUUGGUCAUUUGGAGUUAACAGCGUAUCUGAAGGCUUGUCAGGUUGGUCUCAGCCUGUAAUGGGAAACCAUCCGAUGCAUCAGCAGUUGUCAGACCCAGGCACGUUUUCUCAGAAUCAGCCAAUGGAGAGAGAUGAUUCUGGAAUAGUGGCUCCCUCAAACAUUUUCCAUCAACCCAUGCCAAACAGUUUUGUGGAUUUUUCUAAAGGCCUACCCAUCUCCAUGUAUGGAGGCACUCUCAUACCCUCACACCCUCAGCUAGCGGAUGGCCCGGGAGGCCCUCUCUUUAAUGGGCUUCAUACUCCAGAUCCAGCCUGGAAUCCCAUGAUCAAAGUUGUCCAAAAUUCAACAGAAUGUACUGAUGCUCAGCAGAUUUGGCCUGGCACCUGGGCACCUCACAUUGGAAACAUGCAUCUCAAGUACGUCAAUUGAUUUUAGGGGGUUUAUCCUUUUUUAGCCUUGUUUGGGAAACCUUAUGAUUUGAAGAACCCCGGGGAUUUUUUUUAUGUGGGCUGUGUAACAAUGAAAACUUGAUUGCCCAUUGUAUAAGAACAAAUUGAUUUACCUAUACAAUUGAUUCCAUUCUCCAGUUAGUUUAGCCAUUCUGAACUUAAAAAUCAGAUAAAAUCAAUGCUUUUGGCUAAACUACUAAAUGCUAUUGGUAUGCAGGAGAGAACUAGAUAAUUAUGAUUUCAACCUGCUAGGGUGGUAAAUAAGUGUAUAAUUGUUUACACUUAAAAGGAAAAGCUGAGUAAAUUUAAUGUCAUCUAGUGGCUCUACUUUCUGUAGCCUGUAUUAAUGUGAAAUAUUUACCUGAAUAUUCAAUAAAAGGUGAACAGUAUUUAUAGAUUGCGUGUGAGAAUUUUGAAGAGGGAUGUGUAUUGUCAUUGGUAGCUGCCAUGCCUAGCGAUGCAUCUUUUCACAGUCACAUCAUCAGCAUGUGGUUGUAGUCAGGGUUUGGGGAAAGAGGGGAGAGGGUUUUUGUGCAGUUAUUUGUGAUGCAAAGUUUGCUGGGUCCUUCCUCUGCCAGUCUUGGUGUUUUGGGGUGUGGUGCUUUUCUUUUUCUUUCUUGUGGCCAUGGCAACUUUUCUGGCUUAGUUUUGUUUCCUCUAGUGCUGUUUUUCCAGAUGUGUUGACUGAGGUGUAGUUCAGGGACUGACUUGACACCUUGGCAACCAGUGGUGUCUAAAUUUGCCAUAGAUAAAUCAGUGUCUCGUAGAAAAAUCCAGGGCUUCUUCACGUCAUUCUCCUAUUGCCCCAAAGCAAAUAUUAAGAAAGCAGACUACUUUCUACUAGAGAAAAGAUGUCAUUGUGCAAUUUCAAGUUUUCUGUAACCCCUUAAAUCUGGUAAAUGCUCCUCAUGCCUUUUCUAUGAGGAAGGAAGAGGAUUUUUGCAUACAACAAACAAGACAAACCCUCAUUCUGCACCCAGCCUGAUUCUGGUGUUGGCCUGCACCAGAGGCGUUCCACUUUCUACUUUCAUACAAUGCUCAUUUCUGCUUUUGCUCAGUGAUGAUGUAGUAACUACACUGAAUACUUAGUCUUAUUUCUCAAGCAGGUAAAUACAGUGCACAAAGUUCAGUAUAGUGGACCAUUUUUGAUGGUCUCUUAGACCAGAAGGGCAGAUGGAAACUUCCUUACCUUUCUUCUUCCUCCUCCUGACCAUUCCUUACCAUACAACAUCAGAGUUUCUCCAGGAGGAGCAUGAGGAAGGAACAGCCAAAAGAGAGGAUUCAGUGUUAAUUUGCAUGGAGUGAACUCUUGAAAUAAUGUAAUGGUGUUCUCUGUCCCAGUUACUCCUGAGUGUUCAGGAAUAUUAAAAAUAUGAAAUGCACAAGUAGUAUCCGAGUAUGAUAGGCAAAUAAACAUCAGAAACAACACCGGAUGUGUUCAGAUGUUCUAUCUAGUAUUCAAGAAAGAAAUGAUCUUACACCCUGAUAACACAAAUACCAAAGGAGAAAUGAUUGUGGUGAUAGUAAUUGUAUUAAAAGCUAAUGGUGAAGGAAAAAAAUGGCAUUCUGGUGCAAUAGCUUUCGUGCUGACUUAGCUGUCUGUUCUUGGUGACCCUUGGGGGACUUGUUUCAAUUGUGACCUGGUGUACA